AUGUCAUUUCAAGGACAGCAAGUGGUUCUAAAUCAUUCUUCGGUGAACGGGCCUUACAUAUUCGGUUCGAUACUUUAUGUCUCGCUCGCAAUCUCACGGAUUACUCACGAGCUCGCGAUACCGCCGCAGUUUUAUUCGAAGCGACGUCGUUCGUGUCGACGAUUGUUAUAUUGUACGUUCUCGUUCGGUCGAACAUCGUUGAGAAACGCAAGCAUCACGCGGCACGCGCGUCGCAAAUACGAGAGAAUGUCCGAACACAAGAAGUGGCUGGACACGGUGAUACCGCAGAUUAUCGGCAACAUCGAGCCACACAUGGAAGACGUAUGUUACGAGUUGAUCAGGGAUGACCAUCGCCUAUUGACCAACAUAUUCUUCGUGUGCGUAAAGUAUAGGCAAAGAACGAACGGGCUGAUUAAGCAACUAUCCCUUGUGAUAAAGAAGCCCAGAGGGAUUACUUUACGGGACGUAGUGUACACUAUACCUCAGUUUCGUAACGAGAUUUUAUUCUACAAGACGUAUUGCCAAUCGAGCGAGAACUUUCCGAGGUGCUUCUACGCCUACGAAUCGUCGUCGCUACUCGCUUGCAACUCGGUAAUCGCUCUCGAGAACGUCCAGGACCGGGGAUUCAAGGACAGCCCGUGUACCUUCAAUGUUCCUCACGACUACGUACUGGCGGUGAUGCGCGCGCUGGGUCGAUUUCACGCGAAAGGCUACGUCAUGAAGGAGAAAAUGCGAACCGAGUUCUUCCAUCUCGCGAGCAGGUUCCAGAAAAUAAAGUUCAUUGAGUUUAAGCUGGUGAAGGCCAUAUUAAAGGAGUCAGCGAUACAAGUGGUGAACUAUCUUCGUGAUCACGGCCAUGACGCGCACUUCUGCGACAAGUUGGAGGUCCUGUUCUCGAAAAUGUACGAAGAGACAAUGCUGCGUCUGUUCGAGCCGGCGGAGCCGUUGUCCACGAUCUGUCACGGUGACCUUACGUUGGACAACAUGUUCUUCAAGACUCAGAGUAACGGACGAGUUGACGCGAUGCUGAUCGAUUUCGCGUGUUUGACGUACAACAGGCCCGUCAUCGAUCUCUCCACGUUCCUCUGUCUCAGUUGCACGAACGAAACGAUACGAAACAAGUUGCCCGAGAUUUUGAGGAUCUAUCAUAGCGCGCUCACGGAUUAUAUGCUGCAAGAAGGUGUGCAGGAUAUCCAACAGUACUCGUACGCCGCUAUAUUGGACGACUACAAGCGGGGCUGCCUCAUUGGUUUCAUUAUCGCGGCUUUCUACUUGCCGUGUAUGCUGAGACACGUUAACUUUGACCUCACAUUGGACAUCGAAUUAAGCGUAUACAAAUAUAUGAGCUGUAAGAACAGCAGUGUGCAUAAAAACAGUGUGAUGAAGAUACUGACCGAUCUGCUUCUUCAGAUGCAUGAGGACGGUUGCCUGGACCACUUUUUGUGACACGCGUGUGAUAUGCGUGUGAUAUUGUUAUAAUACGCGACGCAGGAUGAUAUGUCUGUUUAUAACUAUGAGAUAUAAUAGCGUAAAGCUCGCUUGGACGAGGAAACAUAUAACCGCGGCGCGACAACAAUCGGACACUCUCAACGCGAGCGUUGAACACGAACGCCCCGUUUUCGGGGAGUCGCGCGCCUAUUCACUCACACACGGAGUACGCAUAAUACCGAUUGAUCUAGAGUUAGAGCCGAGGGAAAGUGUUAAAUAAUUCAGUCCUACUUCGCGCGUCAACUUUAUGCGUCCGACGCGCUCGACAUUUUAUCAGGUGGACCGUAAAGUGAGUCGCUCGUAAAAUUGCCGGUUACGGCUAGCGGGUUUCGCGGAGAGCCAGAGAGAGAGAGAGAGA